CUGUGUUCAUUUUUUUAUGGUCACACACAGGCCCCAAAACCAUCUUCAGGACCUCAUAAGUCCAGGGAGUGCCUUCCCCUUGUCCUUAUCAUCAGGAACAGGUUGAAGUAUGCUCUUACCUACCGUGAAGUGAUUUCCAUCUUGAUGCAAAGGCAUAUCCAAGUUGAUGGGAAAGUGAGGACUGACAAGACUUACCCUGCUGGUUUCAUGGAUGUUGUGUCUAUCCCAAAGACCAAUGAGAGCUUCCGUCUUCUCUACGAUACCAAGGGACGUUUCCGUCUCCACUCCAUCAGGGAUGAGGAAGCUAAGUUCAAGCUUUGCAAGGUCCGAUCGAUCCAGUUUGGGCAGAAGGGCAUUCCCUACCUGAACACAUAUGAUGGUCGCACCAUCCGUUACCCUGACCCGCUCAUCAAGCCCAAUGACACCAUCAAGCUCGACCUUGAGGCCAACAAGAUUGUGGAGUUCAUCAAAUUCGAUGUUGGUAAUGUUGUGAUGGUUACAGGAGGUAGAAACAGAGGGCGUGUUGGUGUCAUUAAAAACCGUGAGAAGCAUAAGGGAAGCUUUGAGACAAUC